GUCCUAAAACUUCUUCCCCUCAUUAUAGUCCCCAAUCUCACCCUCAGUGACACUCACCAGUCAGCAAAGGUUAGGAGCUGCACCUUGAGCUCUCUUUCUGUCUUGUUCAUCUUAUUGCCUGCUCAGGUUCACCUGAACGUGCCCGACCAUGUCGGACAACGAGGAAGUGGCUGAGGAGUGCGAGGAGGUGGAAGAAGAAGGAGAAGAAAAAGAAGAAGAAGAAGAGGCCGUUGAAGAUGCGGUCCAACAGGAAGAUAAACCGGCAGAGGAGGGCGAUGAAGAACAAGGUGAAGGGGAGGCAGAGGAAGAAGAGGAGGAGGCCAAACCAAAAUUCAAACCAUUUAUUAUGCCCAACCUCAUCCCUCCUAAGAUCCCAGAUGGCGAGAGGGUGGAUUUUGACGACAUACACCGUAAGAGGAUGGAGAAAGACCUGAUGGAACUCCAGACUUUGAUUGAGGUUCACUUUGAAAGCAGAAAGAAGGAAGAAGAGGAGUUCAUUAAUCUCAAAGAGCGAAUUGAGAAGCGCCGCUCUGAGCAUGCGGAGCAGCAAAGGAUACGCAGUGAGCGAGACAAAGAACGUCAAAAGCGACUUGAGGAAGAGAGGGCUCGCAAAGAGGAGGAAGAGGCAAAGAAACGAGCAGACGAUGACGCCAAGAAGAAAAAGACCUUGACCAGCCUCCACUUUGGAGGCUACAUGCAGAAGCUGAACGAGAAGCGAAGCGGUAAGAGGCAGACAGAGAGGGAGAAGAAAAAGAAGAUUUUGAGUGAAAGACGUAAAUCUUUGGAUAUCGACAACUUGGGUCAGGAGAAACUCAAGGAGAAGGCCAAGGAGUUAUGGGAGUGGAUGUAUGAGCUGGAGGCAGAGAAGUUUGACCUGCAGUACCAAUUCACCAGGCAGAAAUAUGAGAUAAAUGUGCUGAGAAACCGUGUGAGCGACCAUCAGAAAACAUCCAAGAGAACAAAGAGAGGCCUUAGGAAAUAGAUGACCUGCUAUGCAGACUAAGCACCUAAAUCAAGAGCUGGCGUUCUCACCACACCCAAGUUACACUUUUCUCCUCAACGGGACACUUUCUAGUGUAUUGCAUAAUAACAUAUAUUCAGUUGGGUUUUUUUUUUUCUCCAGUUACAUUCUUGGAACAGUGAAUAUUGUGCAGGUGUAAAUAAAAGCUUAUUUUAAAAACCA